CGGACACCUCCCACCGUUACCACUCGGUUCUUCCGGAAUGGCGCGUCACUGGAGUAGUAUGCCUGUUAAGGGCUUCUUCGAUAUUAUCGUUCGAGGCCACGCCCUUCCGGACAGCAUGAAACAUCAUCUCAUGUUUGAGCCGGAAGUGGAUGCCCCGGCGAAUAAGUCUGAGCUAUGCUCGAACCUGUGCACGACGAUCGAGUCGGUUUUCCGGCUUGUUGCCGUCCUGAAAACGUUCGGCGACAAUCCGGAGGGCGCGGUGACACGAUAUCUCGAACACGUAACGCCUCAGCAAGACCUAGAGGAGGCUUAUGCGGCCUUGGAUGAUGGCUCGAAAGGUGAUAUGGCCCUUCGAGACACCUCGCGCUGGAAAGAACAAGGUGGUGACUCCCAAGACAUCAUCCCCCAUUGCGGGGUGUAUCCUACGCGUGGCCCGCUCUAUUCCGAAGACCUCUCCAACAUCGAGACCAUUGUCGAGACCACUAUCACAACCGAGGGUCGCCGCAAAUGGCUUCGCCGUGUUUCCUGCGCGAACAUCCUCAUCCCCAUCUUCCAACCCUCACAAGCAAUCCGCCUUAAGGGCUCUAUGACGCAGACCUCAAGCACCUCUGCCGACGACCUGACAAGCGUUCCAACCUCCGCGUCGCGGCCGUCUGUCGACUCCGCAUCCGCUCAAAUAACGGUGUUGUCUGCUCAUGCGCCGGUCGCUUCCAGUUCCCAAGCAAACGAUGUUUGCACGUCCGGUUUGAUGGAUGUCGCUCUACCCACGCCGCAAGAGGUCUUUGCUGAAGGCCAAAUCGACGAAUAUAUCGGCCAGGUCUUCGCUCGUCAACAACGCACCCAUCUCUUCUCCCUCUGCGUCUUCAAGAGCUAUGCUUGUUUGCUCUACUCCGAUCGCGUCGGGACGAUCGUCUCCAAGUGGUUUCCGUACGGGACGAGCAAUGACACGACACUCCAGGACUUCUUCUACAGGUUCACUUGGAUGACUCCGGAGGAGCAGGGUCUGGACCCUACUGCUCGCCGUGCCUCGCCCGAAGAAGCCAAGAAGAUGCUUGCCUGCGCAGAGUCCGCCUCGCUCGGAGUACAGAAGCAGGUUCACGACGCCAUCGGCUGGGAUGGGACGACGAGUUCCUUCCAGAAGGACAGCCAGUGGCCGCUCUGCGAGAUCACCAUCGCCGAGCGCACGUUCCUCGUUGGCCGACCGCUGUAUGUCGAUACCUCCCCCGUCGGUCGGUGCACCCGCACGUAUGUCGCACACGAUGUCCAGCAGGAUCGUCUUUGCGUCUUGAAGGACUCCUGGCGGCACGACAGCGCGACCUACCAUCCGGAACAUUUGACAUACAAGAGGCUACGCGAGAGUGACGUCCAGUUCGUUCUCUCUUGCGAGGUUGGUGGGGACGUUCGUACCGGGUCAGGGUCGGAUGCCGCUACCCAAGCCACUCAAGUGCAGUCGUUUCUCGACAGCAAACCGGCGAAACGCAUCCACUAUCGCAUCGUUCUGAAAGAAGUCUGCCUUCCGGUGACUGAGUUCGGCAAUUUUCGUGACCUCGCAUAUAUCAUGUGCACGGCUCUGCUAGCGCACCAGCAGGCAUGGGAGAAGGCAGGUGUUCUGCAUCGCGACAUCAGUGUGGGAAACAUCCUCAUUUACGAGGACUCCGCUGGUCAAUGCGCAGCUCUUCUCAGUGAUUGGGACCUUUGCAAGUAUAAGGACGAGCUGGCUACGGGAAAAGGUCCUCCGGAUCCCACCGGCACCUGGCAAUUUCGGUCCGCCCUAUCUUUGCGCUACCCAAUCAAGCCCUACGAUCUCCCCGAUGACAUCGAAUCGUUCAUCCACGUCCUCCACUACCUUGUCCUACGAUUCGCCAUCACCGAUCAAACAAUCCACCUCAGGGACUUUGUGAGAAUUACAUACGACGAGUGCACCCUACGCAAACUCGACGGUGCACACGUCGGCGGCGCCGCAAAGCUGAAGCACAUGAACGACAGGCUGUCUCCUAUCGUUCCGCUCGGCAACCCCACGCUCGGACGCCUCCUGGCAGACCUGGCCGGGCUAUGCAACGACCAUCGUCGCCAAAUCGCUCUCUCGACGUUCGAC